AGUCAACGUCCCAAACGGGUUAAUUAACAGUGAAAGCCCUCAACGUCGCCCUUAAUUCUAACAAUGUCCCUCGACUCGGAGUCACCGUCACCGUCACCGUCGACGGGCAGAGACUGGUUCUUCCCAUCGCCGUCGUUCAUCCACUCCUCUCACCACCACCUCCCCAGAACCCCCACCCGGCGCUUCUCCACAUACCCCAGGGCUCGAAGACCCUACGACUCCGACCCCAAACACUCCUCCUUUCAGACCCUAUCACCUCCAACUGACCCCAAGUAUGCCGGAAUCCGCCGUCGCGUCGACUUCGCUCGCCGGACCCAGAGGUCCGACCAUCGCCAUGCCGUUUCGCCUUCCAAUCCACAGAAAUUCGAAGUCACAUCAUCCCUCGGGAACAAGUCUUCCGGCAUCGGCGCUUUCCAGCUCAACAAGGUUCGCUGGCGGAUGGCUUUUUUACUGCCCAUUUUGAUAACUGCAUUUUCGUCUCUACUACACAAGAUUUUUUCUUAUCAAAAUCAGAUCAUUGAUCUACAGGAUCACAUUUCCAAGCUCAAUGUUAGAUUACGGGCUUGCACUUUGGUGGAUUCUGUGGAUAUUAUCAAUUCAAUACCACAGGAGAGUGAUCAUCUUCCUAACAAAAGCUUGAAAAUUUCUGUUCUAAUUGCCUUACUUACAAUUUUAUCUAUCCCUUUUCUUUUCUUCAAGUAUGUUGAGCAUGUCUCAAAAUCAAGAAGAUCGUCAUCAGACAACAUUGCAGAAGAAGUGUCUUUAAACAAGCAGUUAGCAUAUAGGGUAGAUGUGUUUUUAUCAGUCCACCCAUACGCUAAGCCUUUGGCAUUGUUAAUAGCAACCCUACUACUAAUUUGUCUUGGUGGGCUGGCACUCUUUGGUGUGACAGAUGAUAGCUUAGCCGACAGCCUUUGGUUAUCUUGGACGUAUGUAGCAGACUCAGGCAAUCACACUAAUUCUGAAGGUGUUGGUCCAAGGCUAGUUUCAGUAUCCAUUAGCUUUGGUGGGAUGCUUAUAUUUGCUAUGAUGCUUGGACUUGUCUCUGAUGCAAUUUCCGAGAAGCUUGACUCAUUGAGGAAAGGAAGAAGUGAGGUGGUUGAGCAAAACCAUACUCUAAUUCUUGGUUGGAGUGAUAAAUUGGGAUCACUAUUAAAUCAACUUGCCAUAGCCAAUGAAAGUUUGGGCGGAGGGAUUGUUGUAGUGAUGGCUGAGCGAGACAAAGAAGAGAUGGAAACUGACAUUGCUAAAAUGGAGUUUGAUUUCAGAGGAACAUCCGUCAUAUCCAGAAGUGGAAGCCCUCUGAUUUUAGCUGACCUAAAAAAGGUAUCCGUCUCCAAGGCCCGUGCAAUAAUCGUCCUUGCUGAAGAUGGAAAUGCUGACCAGAGUGAUGCUCGUGCACUUAGGACAGUUUUAAGCCUAACUGGAGUGAAAGAAGGACUUCGGGGACACAUAGUGGUGGAACUAAGCGAUCUUGACAAUGAGGUCCUUGUUAAACUCGUUGGUGGAGAUCUUGUUGAAACUGUUGUAGCACAUGAUGUAAUUGGUCGCCUGAUGAUUCAAUGUGCUCGUCAGCCAGGCCUUGCGCAGAUCUGGGAAGAUAUCCUUGGGUUUGAAAAUUGUGAGUUCUAUAUCAAAAGAUGGCCACAGUUGGAUGGAAUGCAAUUUGAGGAUGCAUUGAUCAGCUUCCCUGAUGCUAUUCCUUGUGGAAUCAAGGCUGCAUCCUAUGGUGGAAAAAUUAUUCUGAAUCCUGAUGACUCCUAUGUUCUACAAGAAGCCGAUGAAGUUCUUGUUAUAGCAGAAGACGAUGAUACUUAUAGCCCAACGACAUUGCCAACGGUCACUGAAGCACCAUUCAUGCAUAUUGCCCGGCCAGCAAGAAAGCCACAGAAGAUUCUACUUUGUGGAUGGAGGCGGGACAUUGAUGAUAUGAUUGUGGUAUUGGAGGCCUUUUUAGCACCUGGUUCUGAGUUGUGGAUGUUCAAUGAUGUUCCUGAAAAGGAGAGGGAAAAGAAGCUUAUUGAUGGUGGUCUUGACAUCAACCAGUUGGUGAAUAUAUCACUUAUUAACCGGGAAGGAAAUGCUGUUAUACGACGGCACCUGGAAAGUCUUCCAUUAGAAUCUUUUGAUUCAAUCUUAAUUUUGGCUGAUGAAUCAGUGGAAGAUUCAGCCAUUCAAGCUGAUUCCAGAUCUCUUGCCACAUUGCUACUGAUUCGUGAUAUUCAGGCUAAGCGUCUCCCAUACAGAGAAGCCAAGAUUUUCCAAGGACACAGAGCUAGCAUCUCACAAGGCUCUUGGAUAGGGGAAAUGCAGCAGGCUUCAGAUAAAUCAGUUAUAAUCAGUGAGAUUUUGGACCCACGGACUAAAAAUCUAUUAUCCAUGUCAAAGAUAAGUGAUUAUGUUCUAUCAAAUGAACUGGUCAGCAUGGCAUUGGCCAUGGUUGCUGAAGACCGCCAAAUAAAUGACGUACUGGAAGAGCUGUUUGCAGAAGAGGGCAAUGAGAUGCAUAUAAGGCGAGCAGAUCUCUACCUUCAGGAUGGUGAGGAACUGAGUUUUUAUGAAGUACUCCUACGUGCACGACAGAGGAGAGAGAUUGUGAUCGGGUACCGUCUAGCUAAUGCAGAGAAAGCUGUUAUCAAUCCCCCAGGCAAAAAUGAGAAGCGGAGGUGGUCACUAGAGGAUGUUUUUGUAGUAAUUGCUGAGAAGGAAUGAAGCUUUUUCAUUCUGUCACACACUAAGGAGGAGAUCAUUAGCAAGUGGUUUUUUCACUAUAUAGGUUAUCCCCUUUAGCUUUACAUGCUCUUCUUGGGGAAAAAAAGAAGAAGAAGACGAUAAGAAAUUUAAAAAAGAGAAAGGUUACAUACAAUUUUGAUGGUAGAACAUCAAGUAUAUUAAAAAUAAAAAUAAAAAUAAAAAUGAAGCUGGAAUUUUAGCAUUGAAUGUAGAAUCUUUUCUGAUUUAUUUCCAGUGGACUAUUUUCGUCAGCCAGCCCUUUGUCAUCCUUAGGUUAUUGGCAGAUCGGUUUCAGUCUUUAUGAAGGUAAGUUCUCUCGUUGAGGCACUGUCAAAGCCUGUCUGCCUGACCAAUAUGUUGUGGCUUGAAUUGUGGCAUAGGGGUUCUGAUAGGAAUGUCGUGUUUUCUCCAUGUGUCAUGUGACUGUCCUAUACAUAACUGAAGAGGAUAGGAACAAAGGAUCUAACAUUAUGAUAUGACACAUGAUUGAGAAAAAAGGACGAACAUUUCUGUCAAACUCCGUGUGUCACAAAUUCAAACAUAUCGGUCAGGUAAAGCUAUAGAAGGAAUUACUGAGUUCAAAUUUUAUUUUAUAUGCUUCUUAUUAUAAUAACAUAAUUGAUGUUCUACACAAAUCAAAAUUGUUUGUAAUCUUUUCUUUUUUGCACGAGGCUAAAAGGGAUUUUGUAUAUAGUGAAACGAUAAUGUAUUCCAAAAGAAUCCUAUAUUUCAGUGAGCUAGUGCAAAAUGAAUAAUAUUCAAAUGAUAGUUCCAUUUUGGCAGAUAUGAAUGGUGCUUCUGCCUUUCUAAUUUUAUUUUCCUUUCAUUAGAGUAAGUGCACACGAGGAUAUAGUGUGAUAAUGUAACGUACUCUGAAACAAUCCUUUGUGCCAGUGAGUUAGGUAAGUUAAUGCAUGUUUUUGAA